AUGAUGAUGACACGGGCCUCCAUGGGGGCCAUGGAGGGCGCGGCGCUGGACGAGGUGGUGCGGCGAUUGGUCGAGGGCGGCCGCGGCGGGCGGCAGGUGCAGCUGUCCGAGGCGGAGAUCCGGCAGCUCUGCGUCGACGCCAAGCGGGUUUUCCUGUCCCAGCCCAACCUCCUCCGCAUCCAGGCCCCCGUCAAGAUCUGCGGUGAUAUCCAUGGUCAGUUUGUUGAUCUUCUAAGGUUGUUUGAUUUGGGUGGUUAUCCUCCAACCUCAACCUAUGUAUUCCUCGGAGACUACGUAGAUAGAGGCAAACAGAGCUUGGAAACUAUAUGCUUACUGCUGGCAUACAAAAUAAGGUACCCUGACAAGGUUUUCCUGUUAAGGGGGAACCAUGAAGAUGCAAAAAUCAACAGAGUUUAUGGUUUCUAUGAUGAAUGCAAGAGGAGGUUCAAUGUUCGACUGUGGAAGAUAUUCUCUGAUUGCUUCAACUGCCUGCCUAUUGCAGCACUCAUUGACGACAAGAUACUGUGCAUGCAUGGUGGCCUUUCACCUGAACUGACUAACCUGGACCAAAUAAAGGAUAUUGAGAGGCCGGCUGAGAUUCCUGAUUAUGGUCUCCUGUGUGAUUUGCUUUGGUCUGAUCCUAGCCCUGACGGAGAAGGGUGGGGUGAGAGUGACAGAGGUGUUUCAUGUACGUUUGGUGCAGAUAUGCUUAUAGAGUUUUUGGAAAAAAAUGAUCUUGAUCUUAUCUGCCGAGCCCAUCAGGUGGUAGAAGAUGGUUACGAGUUCUUUGCACAGCGGAGAUUAGUCACAAUCUUCUCAGCUCCAAAUUAUUGUGGGGAAUUCGAUAAUGUAGGUGCUCUGUUGAGCAUAGAUGAAAAUCUAAUGUGCUCAUUUCAAAUCUUGAAGCCAAAUGAAACAGGCACACCGCGUGUGAAAAGACAAAUCCCAAAUAAGGUAAAUCAACUAGCUUCAGAUUGGAUUCAUAUUCUACUAUGUACUACAAGUUGA